AUGUUAUCAUCUAGAAUACCAAAAGGUAAAUUAUUAAAACAAACUUCUGCCACAAGCUACUUGAAUCUAGCUAAAAGUAUGCCAAUAACAACUGCUAGAUACAGACCCAACCAGUAUUAUGCAAAUGAAUUAGCUAAACUUAAUGUAUUUACCAUUCACAACAUACCUUCACCAUGCUUUUCACAAGUUAGAAAUUUCCACCUGUCAUUUCCCAGGAAACUUCAAAUGCAACAGACCGAACAGGGUGACAAUCGACCAGCGUUAGAGAAGUUUGGUUCUGAUUUGACCCAGUUGGCCAAAGAAGGCAAGUUGGAUCCAGUUAUUGGGAGAGAUCACGAAAUCCGCCGUACCAUUCAAAUAUUAUCACGUCGAACAAAGAAUAAUCCCGUCUUGAUUGGUAAUGCCGGUACUGGUAAAACUGCAGUAAUGGAGGGUUUGGCACAAAGAAUUAUUCGUGGUGAAGUUCCCGAUUCAAUGAAAGACAAACAAAUUAUUACUUUAGAUUUGGCUGGUAUCAUUAGUGGAGCUAAGUAUCGUGGGGAUUUCGAAAGUAAACUCAAAUCAAUAUUGAAAGAAGUCGAGGAAAAGAAUGGCAAGGUUAUCUUGUUUAUUGAUGAGUUCCAUUUAUUGAUGGGUUUAGGUAAAGCCGAGGGAUCAAUCGACGCUUCAAAUUUGUUGAAGCCUGCCUUGGCAAGAGGUAAAUUGUCGAUGUGUGGAGCAACUACCAUCGAAGAGUAUAGAAAAUAUGUGGAAAAAGAUGCUGCUUUAGCCAGAAGAUUUUCUCCUGUCACUGUGAAUGAACCUACUGUUGAAGAUACCAUAUCAAUUUUGCGAGGUUUAAAGGAACGUUAUGAAGUUCACCAUGGGGUUCGUAUCAUGGACUCAGCAUUAGUCACUGCUGCAUUAUAUUCCAAUAGAUAUAUAACAGACAGAUUUUUGCCAGAUAAAGCCAUUGAUUUAGUUGAUGAAGCAAGUUCAACAUUGCGGUUGCAACAUGAAUCUCGACCAGAUGCAAUUGCAACUUUGGACCGUCAAAUAAUGACUAUUGAAAUUGAAUUAGAAUCUUUGCGGAAAGAAGAGGAUCAACUUUCUAUUGAUAGAAAACACAAAUUGGAAAAGGAAUUGGAGGUGAAGAAAAGUGAGUUGAAGGAAUUAACAGACCAAUGGGAGUCAGAAAAGCGUGCAAUCGAUGCAGUGAAAAACGCAAAGUCUGAGUUAGAGAAAGCAAAAUACGAGUUGGAACAGGCUACAAGAGAAGGAGAUUACGCCAGGGCUUCCAGAAUCCAGUAUGCUAGUAUUCCUGAAUUACAAGACAAGAUCCAAGAGUUGAGCAAAAAUGAACUUGCUGCCAAAUCAUCGAAUCUUUUGCAUGACUCUGUGACGUCCGAGGAUAUUGCCGGUGUUAUAUCAAAGAUGACGGGGAUCCCUGUGAACAAUUUGUUGAAAGGUGAGAAGGACAAGUUGUUAGAUAUGAAUAUACUUUUACGCCAAUCAGUUGUUGGGCAGGACGAAGCCAUUGAUGCAGUCUCCGAUGCAGUCAGAUUGCAACGUGCAGGUUUGACCAGUGAGAAUCGUCCAAUUGCAUCCUUUAUGUUUUUGGGUCCUACUGGUACAGGAAAAACGGAAGGGGGGAAAUCAUUAGCACAAUUCUUGUUUAACGAUAAGAACGCUGUGGUUAGAUUCGAUAUGUCUGAGUUCCAAGAAAAGCAUACCAUUUCGAGAUUGAUAGGUUCUCCUCCUGGGUACGUGGGAUACGAAGAAAGUGGUGAGUUGACUGAAGCUGUUAGAAGAAAACCAUAUUCGGUAGUCUUAUUUGAUGAGUUUGAGAAAGCACACCCAGAUCUUUCCAAAUUAUUAUUACAAGUAUUGGAUGAAGGUUCGUUAACAGAUUCUCAUGGUAAAAAGAUUGAUUUCAAGAAUACAAUUAUUGUAAUGACAUCCAACAUUGGCCAAGAGAUUUUGCUUGCUGAUAAAAACACCUAUGAGGAUGGUCAUAUCAACAGCGAAGUCAAACUGCAAGUUUUAGAAAAUUUGAGACACCAUUAUGCUCCAGAAUUUUUGAACCGUAUUGAUGAUAUCGUGGUCUUUAACAGAUUGUCAAAGACAGCUUUGAAAGAAAUUUUAGACAUCCGUUUGAGAGAAAUCGGUGAUCGUUUGGUCGACAAACGUAUUAUAUUACAAUUAACUGAUGAAGCAAAAACAUUGUUGUGCGACAUGGGCUAUGAUCCAACUUAUGGUGCUCGUCCACUUAAUAGAGUAUUGAGAAAGAAAUUGUUAGAUCCAUUGGCUAUGCGUUUGAUCAAGGGACAAGUUCAAGAGAAUGAAACUGUCAAAGUAGAAGUAAAAGAUCACAAAAUUUACGUUGUUCCAAACCACAGUGAAGGGACGGUUAUUGAAAAGGAAGAAGACUAUUUUAAAGAAGAUAAGGAUGACAAUUAA